AUGUCAUCACUAGAGGAUCUGCGCGAGCAAUGGAACCAUCUCUACCGAACCCACUUACCGAACCUCGCCAAAGCCAAAGAUGCCGCACAGCCGAAGUGGCCGGUCCAGCUGGACCACUGCUUCGCGCGAAUAAUCCUUGACAACGCCGUCGGCAAGGAUAGACCGUGGAACCAGGUUUUGAAAAGCCCAGCAUACAAGAAUAUGAGCCGGGAGCAGUUGGGCUCAGCUAUUGCGUUAGGUGAGAAGCUAUCAAAAGGCGAAGAGGAUCUUGUAGCGCUAGACGAGAGAAGCCUUUUCUUGCGGGGCAAGAAGAGCAAGACAAAGACAGAGACCGCAGUUUCACAGAAGAAGAGGAAGAGUGAUCUUGAUGAUGAGGACAAUCAUCACCCCAAGAAGAAAGCAACAAGUCGCAAAGUCUCCUCUUACUUCCAGCCAGCUGCCAGGACGGAGUCAGAGAAAGUCAAAGACAGGAGCCACGAGAGCAAGACGGCUGACUAUGCUUCGUCCGAAGUUGUCGAGCUCAUCAACUCUUCGUCCGACCUCACUCCCUUCCGGAAACGCACCCUGGCCCUCCUCACGCAAGUCCCGCGUGGCCGCUACACAACCUACCAGGCACUGGCGGAUCACAGCAGCUCGACGUCACACAAGUCAUCCGCAAGAGCAGUCGGCAGCGCGAUGCGAAACAAUCCUUUCGCCCCUGCGGUGCCAUGUCAUCGAGUCCUCGCGAGUAACGGCACGAUAGGCGGAUUUGGCGUUUGA